CAAUUUAGUCCAAAACCACUUCGGAAAAAAAUCAGUUUAGUACCUUAUCUACUUGACGAUAAAACCCCAUUUUCAGAGCUUAGAGGAGAUAUCACAAGGAGCAAGAAAGAAGGGCUAUGGCGUGUCACUAUGCUUCUUCCACCUGGGGUGUUUUGCCUUCUCACCCAUCUUCGAAAUCUUCUCAAAAGGUCACACCUUUCCUGGGUUUUUCAAUGGCAGCCGUGUCUUCAAAGCCCACAUUUUCUUUAAUCAAAACUAACAACAACAAGAAGUGUACUUUGAUUAGAUGCCAAAAUGCUGAUGAACAAGAAGCCACCACUGCUCUCAUUCCCCGAGAACAACAAUGGAUGUUUGAUGCUACUGAUUUUAAAGGACCGGAUAUAUGGAAUACUACAUGGUACCCUAAAGCCUCAGACCAUAUUAACACAGAGAAGACAUGGUAUAUCGUGGAUGCCACUGAUAAGAUUCUUGGCAGGCUGGCAUCAACUAUAGCUAUUCAUAUCCGAGGAAAGAAUUUAGCAACCUAUACUCCUAGUGUGGACAUGGGGGCAUUUGUCAUUGUGGUAAAUGCAGAAAAAGUUGCGGUAUCUGGUAAAAAAAGGAACCAGAAAUUAUACAGGCGACAUUCUGGAAGACCAGGUGGUAUGAAGGUGGAAACAUUUGAUCAACUCCAACAGAGGAUUCCUGAAAGAAUUGUUGAGCAUGCAGUUCGUGGCAUGCUUCCUAAAGGAAGACUUGGAAGGGCACUUUUUAACCAUCUCAAGGUGUACAAGGGACCAGAGCAUCCACAUGAGGCGCAAAAACCCGUGGAUUUGCCCAUUAGAGACAAGAGAAUACAGAUCCAGAAGUAGAUAUUGUCCAAGAUUUCAUCUGCAGCUCCAUCAGGUUUUUCACUUCUUUUGAACAGGUCACAGUGCCUCUGAUCUCAUGUGAUAUUCACCUAAUGUGGCUGGAGCAGUAUGUAAUGCUGUAAUCAAAAGCCUGUUAUUUAAUGUGUUUUUUGCUAAUGAACAUGGUUACAGUCUGAUUCAUUUCUAAAUGACCCGUCUUAAGUUCGCAUGUGAAACUGUAGGUCUGUCGCUAGAUAUUUGUACUUGACUAUGCAAUGUAUUUACAGUUUUCUGUUUCUUAGCCUGGCCAAACCAUGAGUGAAUCUAUCUAUGCCAAGAUUUAUAUAGUUUUCAUUUUUAGA